AUGUCUCAACCUCCUGAAACAUGUAUCUACGAGUCAUCAUUCGCUCCAACGGAUAAAACCGAUGCGAUUCUGGUUGUCCAGGGAAAAAAGUUGCAUGUCAAUAAAACGCUUCUCUCCUGUCACUCAGACUACUUCAACACUCUAUUCAAUGGAGAAUUCAAAGAAAAAUCGAUGUCAGAAAUCGAAAUUGAAGAUGUCGAUUUCGAAGAUUUUGCUACUCUUUUGAGUCUGAUUCACCCGAAACCAAUUACGCCGACAGCUAUUAAUGCCGAAAGAAUUCUGGAACUCGCCGACCGAUUCCUUCUCCCAGCGGCUACAAACUACAUGGAAUUGUUCCUGAUAUCUACAGAACUGGCGGCAUUUUAUAAACUGAUCCUUGGUGAUAAAUAUGGAUUAAAUCUUCUCAUAAAACACGCCUUGUCUCUAUAUACUGUAAAGUAUGGACUGGAUUCAACGGACUGA